AUGGAUGCAGAUUUGACCGUUGAUUAUCCGGAUGGUCUUGAGCCAGCGCCGGCUGGUCCACAGCCGCCCGAUUCAAGUGAUUUAGUUUCACAUGUUCCUUUUCUGGUGCAGCAGCCGGUGGCCCGCAAGAUACCAGAAUGUGAGCAGAGUAGAACUUCUUGGGUGCAAUGUACGAAUCCAUUCAUACUUGAAGUGUUCGCAGGCUCAGGGAGAGUCACCGCGUGCUUGCGAGCCGCAGGGUUAACCAACUGCUUUGGUGUCGAUCAUAAAUUGGUUAACCCUGUAGGUGCUGUCCGGCUUGCCGAUUUGACUACGAAGGAAGGGCAACAGCUGUGCAUGAAAUGGGUUAAAAGCCUUUUGUGUGCGGGAAUUUUUGCCGCACCUCCUUGUGGCACUGCCAGCCGUGCAAGGGAGAUCCCCUUGAAAGGCCGCCAGGGUGCUGGACCGCAGCCGUUGCGGUCAACAAAGUUCCCAAAUGGCAUCCCGGGGGUACGCAAAUUUUUGAAGCCUAGAGUGAGUGCAGCAAACAAAUUAUAUGAAUUCGUUACAGACCUGGCGAUGCAGUGCUUGUCCAACCAGCAGCUUGUGUGCAUUGAAAACCCACGUUCGUCUUUAUAUUGGAGAACGUCCUUUUUCAAACAAAUCUCCCAUGAAAUGCGGUUUGUUGCUCACCAAGCCUGUGCUUACGGCAGUGAACGGCCGAAAUGGACGGCGCUGGCACAUAAUCAUCAGCUGCUUGACCAGCAGUACGACACAUCGCUGAUCAUGAUGCGGGCUACUUCCGGAUUCCAGCCGAAAGCUUCUAAGCUGCCCCCUCUGGCAGAGUCUGUGACCAACCGUGUGCCCAGGGCGGAGUCGGUCUGGGGUGUGCCGUGGUCAGAGGAUGAGUUUGUAACGCAAGCCGCUUUGCUUGAAGCUCAUGGAUACCCAGACAUGGGGGUUUGUGAUGAGAUGAUGCGCGGGGUGUCGCUCACGGAUGAAGUGCCUAUGACAGGGUUGUUUGAAGCCUCUUUCAAACCGGCAGAGCGCACCCUUGAGUCUUUGUCCGAGGCGGCAGGCGCCAGCAAUGUGGCAAUCUUCAACAGCACGCGUUCGUCAGGUUCGCCAGAGCUCGACGCCGAGGUGUACAGGAAAACCCAAGUGGAACUAGACGAAGGCUGGAUCACGGGCCCUUACGAGCUAGGGGAGUUAGAGGUGGGGGCCGUGCUAAAUCGCAGAUUCGGACUUCAGCAGGCCAACAAGGUGAGGUUGAUUGACAACUUCAGUGGCAGUGGAGUGAACAGCACUGUGCAAGUGUGCGAAUCACCCAAACCUCAUACCACAGAUGUGGUGGCGGCUGUGUGUUCGCGUUUGCUGCAAAACUGUGAUAGCGCAACUGAUGUGCUGGGUGCCGCCUACGAUCUGAAUUUGGUGUGGACGAACUUCUUCGACGACUUCAUCACCUUUUGCAGAUCGCCUGAAGCUGUGAGCACUA